UUUUUAAUUUUUCAUCUCCACAAUUCAAAGCGACUUCUUCAUCCCUUGCCAGCUUUGCAAUUUGGUAUUGUCCACCUUUGUUAUUUCGGCAUCUGCAAAAUACAGGGUUUUUCCUUCUCUCUCUCUCUCUCUCUCUCUUUUUUUAAAAAAAACCCACGUUGCAUCCCACUGAGGGUGGGGUGGGAAAGGGAGGCUUAUUUUUAGUGGCCAAUCAAAAUAUUUUCCAAGAUGAAGGAGGGAGAAACACACAGAGACUUUUGGUGGCGUGUCAGAAAAACCAGCCGAAGACAGUGCAACCUUUGAGAUGCCUCGGCUGGAAGCAACGGACGGCCGUCCAGGCUUGGCCAUGCCCAGAUAGCCAUGCCCGACUGGACCUCUUGGGCGACCCCUUGCUGUAUGAUGGGACCCUCAGCCAGCCUCCUCUUCCUCCUCCUGCUAUUCCCAGGCUGGAUCAUCCCCUUUAACAUCGAUGUGAGAAGACCUCAAAUCUUUCGUGGGCCGCCGGAAGCUCAGUUUGGCUACAAAGUCCUGCAGUUCACAGCCCAAGGGCAAAAAUGGAUGUUGGUGGGCGCACCUUGGGAUGGAACCGAAGAUGACCGGAAAGGUGAUGUUUACAAGUGCAUUGUGGGAGAAAGGAAAAAUUCAACAUGCACUAAAGUCAAUAUAGGUGACAUGAGUCUCCGGAAUAUUUCCAGGCAAAUAAAAAACAUGCAUUUUGGGAUGACGCUGAUAGCUAACAAAGAUGACGGGUUUGUGGCCUGCGCUCCCCUCUGGUCCCAGGAAUGUGGAACAUCCAUGUAUAACACAGGGAUGUGCACUAGCUUGGACAAGGACUUCCGGCUGAUAGAAAACAUUGCUCCAACGGUUCAGAGAUGUUCAACCUAUAUGGACAUUGUGAUUGUCCUGGAUGGCUCCAACAGCAUCUACCCAUGGUAUGAAGUGCAGAAUUUUCUUAGCAACAUCCUCAGCAAAUUUUUCAUUGACCCAGAGCAGAUCCAGGUGGGAGUCUUGCAGUACAGCGAAGUUGCGGUCCAUGAAUGGACCUUGAGGGAUUACAAGACGGCAGAGGAAGUCAUCGAAGCUGCCCAGAAUAUCAGCCGGCAGGAAGGACUCGAAACUCGGACGGCUUCUGCCAUCCACAAGGCCUGCACGGAGGCCUUCAGUCCGGAAAGAGGGGGCAGAGAAGGCGCUACCAAGCUGAUGAUCGUGCUCACCGACGGGGAGUCCCACGAUGGGGAAGAACUUGAAGACGCCUUGGAAGAGUGUGAGAAACGGAAUGUGACGCGUUACGCCAUCGCAGUCUUGGGCCACUACAUCCGCCGGAAGAAAGACCCCAACUCGUUCAUCAACGAAAUUAAAUACAUUGCCAGUGAUCCCGACGAAAAGUACUUCUUCAAUGUCACAGAUGAGGCAGCCCUCAACGAUAUUGUGGACUCUUUAGGAGAUCGGAUCUUCAGCCUUGAAGGGACCCGUGAGUAUAACUCUUUUGAGCUGGAAAUGUCUCAGGUUGGCUUCUCCACCCACCUGCUGGAGGACGGAAUCCUCUUUGGGAUGGUAGGAGCCUACGACUGGGAUGGGGCCGUGCUCAAGGAGGGCCAAUCGGGACGGGUCAUCCCCCCACGGGAAGCUUUUGCAAGAGAGUUCCCGCGAAAGCUGAAUAACCACGCGGCCUAUUUGGGCUACACCGUCUCUUCAAUCAGACUCCGGAGUGGCCGAAGGCUCUACCUGGCCAGCGCCCCCCGUUUCCAGCACAAGGGGAAAGUUAUCCUCUUUGAGAUGGAUGGAAAGGGCGGCGUGUCCAUCUCUCAGGCCCUGACAGGAGACCAAAUCGGAUCCUACUUUGGCAGUGAAGUUUGUCCUGUGGAUGUGAAUGGGGAUGGCGUCACCGAUGUCUUGCUGGUGGCUGCCCCCAUGUACCUGGGCCCGCAGAACAAAGAGAUCGGGUCUGUUUACCUUUACAGGGUUGGGCAGUCACUCCUGACUUUCAAUGGGACCCUCUUUCCUGACCCCAGACCUCAGGACGCCCGCUUUGGCUACGUCAUGCUGGCUGUUCCGGAUCUUAAUCACGACAGCUUUAAUGAUGUAGUUGUGGGUGCCCCCUUGGAAGACAACCACCAGGGGGCAGUCUACUUGUACCACGGCUACCGGACAACUGUAUUACCCCGCUUCAAACAGCGCAUCGAAUCCGCAGCCCUUCGCUUGGGCCUUCGCUAUUUCGGCCGCAGCUUGGAUGGCCAGAUCGACAUGGAUGGGGACGGCCUGGUGGAUCUGGCUGUGGGGGCUCAGGAUGCUGCAGUGGUCUUAAGAUCCAGGAGAAUUGUGCAGAUCAAUGCAUCCAUCUCAGUCAACCCUCCUUCCAUCAAUGUCAUCCAGAAAAACUGCCAGAGAAAUGGGAAGGAAUCUCUCUGCAUGACAGCCAACUUCUGUUUUAAUGUGUCUUCGCGCUCUCUGGGCCCCCGGGAUAGCCACUUGAGUAUAAAAUACAACAUCUCUCUGGACGACAGGAAGUUUGGCACAAGAGCCGUCUUUGAUAGCAGCUCCCAAAAGCUGCUUCAGAAGAGGACUCGGGCCACCGUGGGCAGGACGGCGUGCUCAACAGCUCGCUUCCACGUCCUUGACACCUCAGAUUACCUCCGGCCGGUCACCAUCACCAUGAAGUUUGCACUGAGUGAAACUGAGCCACCCAGGCCUGUACUGGAUGAGAAACUGCCCACCACUGUUAAGAAACUAAUUCCCUUUUUCAAAGACUGUGGUGAGGACGAUGAGUGUGUAACAGAUCUGGUGCUACAAGCUGAGAUGGAUAUCAGUGGAUCCAGGCAGAAGCCUCAUGUCAUCCGUAAAGGGAAGCGGAAAAUGGUGGUUGACGUCCUUCUGGAGAACAAGAAAGAAAAUGCCUACAACACCACCCUCCAGAUCUGGUUUUCCAGAAGUCUCCACUUCUCCAGCCUUGGGCUCAAGGGGGAGAACCCCGUGAAAAUGGAGUGCUCGGUUUCUUCCGCUCAGGCCCGCGUGUGCAGCGUGGAUUAUCCCGUCUUCCGGUCCUCGGUGAAGGUGGCCUUUGCCCUUGAGUUCGAAUUCAGCUGCUCCUCUCUUCUGAACAAAGUGCAGGUGAAGCUUACAGCCAGCAGUGACAGCAAUGAGUUGAAUCAAACAAUGGCAGACAACACGGCCCAGCCCACCGCCUUUGUCUCUUAUGAGCCUGACCUCUUCCUGACCAGUGAGUCUACCCUGAACCGUUAUGAAGUGCAUCCUGUGGGGACCUUCCCGACUGACCUGAGCCCAGAGUUUCGGACAACCAUCAAAAUACAAAAUCUUGCCUGUUAUGCAGUGCCCAACCUCUCACUCCUGAUGGCAUUUCCUGCCACUGGCUAUCAAGGGAGGGAAUUCCUCUGGGUGACUCGCAUCCUUGCGGAUAAUGUGACCUGCAGCUUGCCGAAUCGUACUGAGUUUGGAUCAGCUAAUAGUGUGGUUCCACUGCACCCAGAAGAAUUGGCACACACAGACAGAGUGAAUUGCACCAACGCUGGCUGCCAAGUGGUGACCUGCCAACUGCAGCGUCUCGAGAGGAGCUCCGAAAUUACUAUCCACUUACUCAGAGCCGUCCGGAACGAGUUUUUCCGGAAGGCUAAAUUCAAGACAGUGAAGAUCAUCAGCAGCAUCACCCUGAACAUCCGAAAAGAAGACAACCUGUUUCUCCUACCAAAAGCUGCCCACCAGCGGCAGGUUGUCUUGGAGAUUAUCCAGUCCAAACUGGUCCCUCUUUCGCUCUGGAUACUGAUUGGCAGCAUCCUUGGCGGUCUCCUUCUGCUAACCGUGGUCAUCCUCUUCUUAUGGAAGGUUGGAUUUUUUAUACACAAAAAGCCCGGGGAAGAUGAAAAAGAGGAAUAAAACGAGUCGGUCAGACAAAGCCCAAGAGGAAGGAGCAUCUGUGGGUGAAAACCCAGAAGGGGAGCUGCGUUUUUCUGUCUCAGCCACCUUAGGACCAGAGGCGUCCAGGCUGCUUCAACAAGAAUGGUCUCAAAAUCUUACGGCAACGUCUUUGCAUUUUAGGGAACAGGAAAGCACGGCCUCCUCUCCCCUUCUGUGUAUUUCCAUGUACGCCGUCUAAAUAUCGCCAGAACUGAUUUAUUCAGGCAGAUCCAAAGCCGCAUUUGCCUGCAAGAUUUGCGUAUGGAAGACGACACAUAACCACGCAUGUGGAUUUUAAGCGGGUCGCCCAUUUCCCCACAUGGAAAUCCUUUAUUCCAGAUGCUUUCACCCCCCCACCCCCCUUUAAGAGGAAGGUCUUAGGGUUCAGUUGGACAUUUGUAAUGCUGCCCACAUCACACCAGAAGCUGCCGCUGGGACUGCCUGUCGGGAACCUUGCUGAAUGGGUGUGCCUUCCCAAAAUAUGGCGUGUUGUUAAAUUGGCCCCCUUGCUGUACGCAACGAGAGGCGGUUGUGAUGUUUUUCACACAAAUUUGGGUAUGGCACCCCCCCCUCCUGAUCACGAUGCCGCUGAAUUUCUGAAACAUUAUUCUAAUGAAAACAGGGAUUUUAUAAAUUGGGAAAGUCACUCUGCCUCCUUUUUUUUUAAAAAAGCAUUGUGUGGAAGAGGGUUAAGCUCUAGCCACCCAAUGCUAGCAAAAGUCAGGGUGGUGGUAACGUGGUCUCCCUCCCCCUUCGACUAAACGGUUGGCUCUCCAAAUCCAGAACUCCUAAGAGUUUUAACAAACAACUUGGGAAAUCACCGUCUUUGGCUGCCUCAAGCCAAGGCGGCCUAGAACAAGAAGAAACGGGAUUGAAGGCAGACAUCCUCCUGAGCCACCAUCAACACUGAAUGAGGAGCCUGUGGCUGGACUCCGACUUCCGUCAACCUCAGCCAACGCACAACAAGGGGAAUUGCAGCCUUCCCCAUUUCCAGCCAGGGCCUCCAGUUCUCAACGGCAGCCUCUAUCCUCCCUGGGCAACCGGUGAAGUCUGCAACCAAAUGGAAGGUCUUGGAAGGGGUAGCGGGCAGCUACCUCUGCCAGUUGCUCUGCAUCUUUCUGCACUGCAUAAAGGAGAGGCUCGUCCUGUAGAGAGAAACCUCCACGGGUAACCAAGACUCGGGGAGAAUUGUAGGGCAGUGAAGGAUUGUGCAACUUUCUCUGGGUCUUAAGGGGCCCUUUGGCCACAAGCUGUGGGGCUCUUCAUGGCCUGGAGGUAACUUGCCUUCCAAGGGCCGAGGCUGCCAGGUGGGCAAUUCUAACUGCUCUCUGAUUCUGCCUCAAAUGGCCCGACAAAGCCUCCAGGAGGCCUUGCCUGCACAGUGGCCAACUUGCCCUACGCAUCUCGGUUCAAACGCCCUGCCAAAAAUUACCUUCACUGUCUCGUUUCUUAGUAAAGACUUUAUUCGAUAGCAAAAGGCACACUUUUACAACUGUGAAGCUGCCAACGGAUUCUUUCUUUCCUCGUCUGUGUGUGUGGGUUUUGU